CAACAAUCACAACAACACAUCCAAUUAUACACUUUUAUCAAAGAAUCUACACCAAUCAAGGCCAAUUUCUCUGCUUCUAUUAUAUCCUUGCCUUAUCGUUGCCUGAGUCCUGCCUUUCGGUCGGCCUCAUAGUUACUCAUCCACCUCAUAUAUAUCAAGAUCUCUAUUGCUUAUUUUCCAAUUAUUUUAAACUAUUAAAAUGUCGGCCAAGGACAUCGCGCAAAACGGCUGGACUGCUCUGCCCUUGGAUCCCAGCAAGCUCUUUGGCGGCAAACCGUUUAGGAAUGCACCUGAACCUCUUCUGGUUUCUGAUAUCAAGUUUCCGGAAGAUGACCCCAUCGUCGCCAAAGUCCGAAGCUAUGCCAAAGAAAAGUUGCCAAUUCAGACUUACAAUCAUAGCAUGAGAGUUUUUUAUUAUACGACCGCCAUUGUCAAGCAGCAGUUCCCUGAACAUGCUGAAACAUUUUCUCCUUCAACCCUUGCACUAGUCUCUCUCUUGCAUGAUAUCGGAACCGCUGAGGAGAACUUGGCAGCUACCAACAUGUCUUUUGAGUUUUACGGAGGUUUCAAAGCCAUGAAUCUUCUCUUGGAGCUUGGAGCAUCCAAAGACCAGGCCGAGGCCGUCGCUGAGACAAUCAUCCGCCACCAAGAUCUUGGGACCGUGGGAAAUAUCACGUUCAUGGGCCAAGUCAUCCAGCUGGCUACGAUUUACGAUAAUGUCAGCGACCAUCCAUACUUGAAAAAUCUCACGGAAAUUAUCCACACCAAGACUCUUAAGGAUGUUGUUGAAGCCUUCCCUCGUCAGCAAUGGCUUGGAUGCUUCGCUAAGACAAUUGAUGAAGAAGAGCGACUCAAGCCUUGGUGCCAUAGUACACACAUUCCCAACUUCUCUGACGGGAUCCGGGGCAACAAGUUCAUGCAGCAAUAUGAGUGAGUAGUGAGAUAACUUACCAUUGUUGCAUCAAUCUAUUUUUAUGAUAUAAUAUGGGAACACAAAAAUAUACAAAGUAGUCAGCGUCGGAAACUAAUCUACCUAGCUAUGUACACAAAAU